AGCAUCUGCCUCCCCACGUCACGCCAUAAAAUCGGCAUGAAGCCGCUACAAAUAAAUUUCGAAUCAUGAUACCAUGGUAUUAGCUUUGAUGCGGCAAGUCAGGCUACCAGUGCGGCUUCGGAGCGACAACUUCGCCGCACUGCGCCCAAACGUCGCACAGUCUCGCAAGCAAUAUUCAAAUGCCUCCCGCCCUGCUGGCACGGUUAUGCUAGGAAUUCAGCAAAUAGCGCAAUAUCCUGUCAAUUUGCCUAGAGGGUUAAGACCGGUAUCGAAUACCUCGGCCGGAGCAGAUGCGGCGUCAAGUCUCCCUGCCGACUCUCUUCCAACGACAGCCCACGCGAGCACAUUCACAACAGACCCGGAUGCUGAGACGAUGAUACAAGAGUCAAUAACGGAUGACAAAUCGAAAUCUAAAACACAAAGCCGGAGAAUUAGACAAUCUAGACCAAAGCGCACGGAUACGGCGUACAACCAAUGGGGCUUUCUACGGCAUGCGUAUCCUGCUGAGGAGCUCAAAGGGGCGCAACGCGCGUUCGACUACUGGAAGCGACAGUUUUACAAAAUCAUGCAAAAAAGUCGACAUGUACCACUACAACAGGAAAGCAUGUUCCCCUUAUUACAACAUGAAGAUGUCUCUGCCAUGCGCCGGGCUUGGCAAGAAUUGGACCCUGCAGAGCGAUUAAAACAGUGGCCAAAGCUCAUGCUAUCAACCAUGAGAUGUACACCAAGCAAGUCAGCAAUGGUUCUCAACGCCACCCUAGAUCCUCUCCCUCCAGGCUAUGCAAUCAACGAUGUACUUGCAUUUUGCGCAGCUUGGGCUGUUGGAGCAGAAACCCAGCACAAUCGGCAACACACAUUGGCAUCCGAAACACUCUUGGACCUGGCAGUCCAUACACUAGAAGAUGUGCCCCGCGGCGAGAUUCCAUUUCGACAACGAACAUUUGGUCUGUUAGCGAAAGCUCUUCCGGCAGAACAAGCCCAUGAGUUAUACAAUACUCUUCAGCGAACCUCACAUCAGCUGCACUCAAACACGAAAUUACAAUUCGCAGCAAAGCUGGGCAAGCAUACUAAUACCAAGCCAGUCGCUUUUGAAAUACUCAAAGAACUGACUGAGGAUGGGCAUAACUUGCAACUUCCCCAAUUCUCAAGCACUCUGACUACUCUAUUGCAUUCUCCAGUCUCUGGCGAAACACCAUCAGCCACCACUCAACAAUUUUCUUCAAAAGCAGCCCUCGAGUAUUUCAUGGAGCAAGGGUAUACACCUAACACCGUUACAUUCACGGCAUUUUUGGACUCUAUGGCCCAUGAGGUAGACUGUGAAGAAGUAAUUCGCCUGGCGCUGCUCUUUGCUGAAUCAGGAGUCAAACUGGACUCGAGAACGUGGUCUAACCUCUUUCGCACUGCCAAACAUAGUUUAAAUAUCAGCAACAUUUCCAAAGCGCUAGAUGUUGCGAAAGUAGCCAGCGUUGGCUAUCGUGAAGUGCUCAACAACGCUUUACACGCUAUUUUCUACUUUGCAACGAUGGAGCUUCGCGAUGGCAGACAUCAACCAGCUGCCAGUAGUUCCAUAUUCAAACCAAUGCUACGCAUCUAUGCCAAGCAGUUUGAUCUCGAACCUUUGCAACGCUGGCUUCCUGAUACCCUACCACUAUUACUUAACACCAUACCUACAGUGUCUCCUACGCUGUCGCAGAAUGCCCAAUCUACUCCGCGAGAAUAUGAUGGCCCAAUUCUGAGCACAAUCGGCGAUCUUUUCUCCAACAACUCAACGAAGAAGUUAAAACCCAACUCUACAACUAUUGCCACAAUGAUUCGCGCUUACAUCCGGAGUCUACAUUCAUCAUACGAUCUCCUUUCGUAUUAUAAUUUCUUCAAACUACGACUGGAAGAAACGGCAAACGGUGCUGGUUUCGGAUCUGAGAUGAUGAAGGAUCAAGGCAGUCUGAUCCACGACACAUUUAUCCUGGGCAUGACAAAUAAGCGUGGCAUGGUUCGACCGGCUCUGUCAGUCUUUGGAGACAUGUUAAAAGACUAUCUGAAGCAUUCUACGCUUGAUGAAGCUGCAUCGGCUGGAACACAAGCAUCAUCUGGUCCAGCCCACCCUCCUCCCAGCUUAAUCACCUUUAACCUGCUCAUUCGUGGGCUUUUCAGCCAAGGUGACGUUAAAAUGGCUGAGAAGGUCAUCCAAGUAAUGAAAGAGCAUGGCCAUGAACCGGAUCAGGUUACGUGGAACACGCUGAUUAGAGGGUACUCAUCAAUGCAAAGCGUGAGCCGAACCGUAACAGCGUUACAGGCAAUGGAGUCGACCGGGUUGAAGCCAGAUGCAUUUACAUUCAAGGCAUUUGGCAAGCUCAAUGACCAAAGUCGGGCUUUUGAAAUCAUGGAAGACAUUAUUAAUAUUAAUCAACGCAAACUUUCCGACGGUGGAAUGUAGCGAUAUGUAACGAUAGGAAGAACAAUUCUGUAUAAUAGCUGUAAAGAAACCAUACCCCAACUGACAUGUCAACUUAUUUACAGUAAUCAAGGACAAGCGAUAACCAACUAUCUCAAAUUCUAUAUUUGAUUAUGACAAUAUCCUUUUGAAUAAUUUUUCAACAUAAGAAUUCUUGUAACAAGAAAUGGCGUCAAAUUCAAGACGCCAGCUACCGAAGCCUG